AUGUUCCAGAUUUGCCUCUGGAACGAGUCCAGCGAAUACAUCACCGAGUACAGUCAGAUACGUGUGCAGCGGCUUCUGAAGGAAUGUGACUUAACGGAGGUCAAGAACAAGAGAGUGAAGAGGUUGGAUGACUACUAUCAGGCGCAGCUGUGCUGGGCCAUUGCGUUGCUUCUAGAGCCGAGGCGUUACAAGAAAUACAUCACCAUAGUGAAGUUCUGCUUCGCCAGCAUUAAACUCGAGUACGCCGAUCGCGUCUUUCUGUUUGACAGCAAGGUCCUCGUCUUCGGCGGUACUCCUGGUUACUUAUUCUUUCAAUUUGGUCGGGAAUAUCGCCUCCGGCUGACGUUCAGCAGAGGCAGUUUGGAUAACGACGCGUUGCCCGAGAUACUCCUGAAGGCGCAGGUGGCCGGGGCUAAGGUGCGAGCCAACCUGGGCUCCCUCCUCAUCCUCAGGCUGCCCACGACCCCCACGGCGGCCGCGGCGGCCCUGGUCAAGGAUUUGACCGAGAACUCCUCCCGAUACGGCAUCACCUCCAUGAAUAUCAGCGUGCCUGACUCGGAGGAGGUCUGCAACAGCUACGUUCUAUCUGAAACAAAUGCGACUGCAGAUGAAAUUGAUGCAAUCGGUUACACAGCGCUGGCAUCAAGAGAGAGUCUGAAGGAGUAUCUGGUGACGCGGGCUAUCGACGCGCCUCAGCACUACGUCAGGAUGUUCGCCUACGGAAUCGAUGCUAAAAGUCAGAAUGGAAGCUUGAGUAUCAGAGUUCUGUACAGCCCUUUGCAUUACGACUGCGCGGUUGCGCCGCGGUCGCUUGCCCGCGCGUUCAUGGCCCUCUUGAGACACUACACAGGCGUCCUUGAUGCAACCAUCCAAGUCACCGACGACCCACUAGCAUUAGACCUUACGCGGUGGAUGACGUACGUAGCUCAAGCCCCGCUGCUUACGCAGUUUGUGCUUAUCCUCACCAUUUUGCACAUAACCCUGAUGCCUUCAAAAGAACAUGGACUCGUAAGGCACAUGCAGUGCCACACGGAGAAUUUCUCUCCAAUACGUUACUGGCUGACGAUGUUUGUCUGCGACACCUUCCUGUAUUUCCUCUUAGUGGUGCUUAUGACGUCCAUUAUAGUUACCAUCAUAUACCUGGUGGCACCGUCACCCUAUUUUCAGGUCGAAGACUUUGGCGAAACAACAAUAAUCGCCAAGAUCCACUAUGGACACGCGUGGAGCUACGCUCUGCAAUUCAUGAGCUUCUCGCCACAAUUCAAUAUGGCCUACGCUUACUCGAAAAUACAGAAAAUCUUCCUCUACAAUAUGGAGUGUGUGAUAUUCAAAACGAAGAAUCUCUGUUCGGCCAAAACUCUACACAAAUGCUGUGCAAGGAAAAUAUACUCUCAUAAGUACGCGCCUGAGACUGAGACAUUGGGAGUACAGAGGGAGAAAGAAAACGUUAUCGAGAGAUAUAAAUCGAUACAUAAUAAAAACAGCUGCACAAAGAGUUUCGGCGAAUACCUUCUGGCUGUUAAUGUUACGAGAGCUAGUACAAGCAGCUGUACUAUUCGAAACGUGUACUUCGGAAUGGGCAGGGGCCAAGUGAUCUCAUUGUCGGGCCUGAUCCAUCACGGCCGGAAGAACCUAUGCGACUUGCUGGCUGGUUACAAGUUGCCCAGCGAGGGGCAGCUGUGGGCGAUGUCGACUUGGGAGCUGAGCAGACAUCCUCAUAAGUACGCCAGCCAGGUUGCCCUAUGUUCGGACAGAAACCCUCUGCCUCCCUGGAUGACUGUGUUUGAAGCCCUGAAGCUAAUCGCUAUACUGCGCGGUGUGCCAGAAACGUACGCAAAAAGCGAAGUGAUGAACUACAUUGAUGCCCUAGAACUGCACGCCGAAAUGGGAACGUUCGUCGGCGACAUGCAUUCGACGGUGCGCACUCGGGUACAUUUCGCCGCGGCGGUCGUCGGUGCACCGCCCAUCCUCGUGCUGGACGAGUUCACCGCCUACCAGAAGUACUCUGUCCGGCGCGCCAUGUACUACAUACUGCGGCAGCUGGCGAAAAGGGGGCAUGCGAUUUACAUCAGCUCGAGCAGCGUGGAAAGUCACAUGCCAAUGACGAAUCGCCUGGCCAUCUUAGUGAACGGUCUCAUUUACGAUUUGGAUAACGUGGACGUGUUGGUGGCGCGAUACAGCCAAAAAGGAUUCACGGUAGCACUCCACUUAAAGGACGAGAUAAACGUCGAAGAUAUGCUCAAUAGAUAUUUCAGGCUUUUUGUCAUUAACGACAUGUCGGAUGUCCUUGUGAACGUUCAAAUAAUGGACUACGGCCUGAAUUGGAUGACGAUAUUUGAGACACUGGAGCGCCUCCUGUCUGAGAACAAGACUGUCUACUCGUACAUAGUUUCGGCCAUUCCCAUAGAUUACGUGUACAAUUGGAUAUUGGUGAACGAAAGACGGCACGCUGUUAAAGUGCCUAAGCCCAUCGAAAUCAUAAAGGGCAUGUUCAUAUCAGACAAAAAAAUUAGACCGGAGAGGGCGACCAUUAAUACGCUAAUUGGGUUUGAACAAAAAUAUAAUAUGACCAAGUUGAAAGAGCUGCCAUGGUCCGUUAUAUUCCAGCGA